AUGAUAUUUAAUGAAACUUGGUUCAGCACCAAUCUCUUGGAAAACAAAGAAAUAAGGCCAUUCUCCACCCUGAACAAGACAGAAUUCUUAGUAUCAGAGAGAAUACAAGGCUACAAGGAUUUCCUGAUUGCUAUAAACUUUGUGGCCCUAUCAAAGAGACGCAUGCUUAGAAGUACAUGCAAGUUGGAAAAGCAGUGGUUGUUCCUGUGGCUCUUUGCCUUGAUCUCUUGCAUUGCUUCUUGUGGAGAGAUUACAAGGAUCUCAUUACCGAGACAUGAUUCUCAUACUCUUAAGGGGCUUGCUCAUUUGGAAUUCAAAGAUAUUGAUGGCUAUAGGAAGACACUGUUCUAG